AUGCAGCUAUUGCUCGUGGUCCUGGCCGCUGUCUUCCAGGCAGCGGUUAGCACCGCAUCGUCGCUCACUCCGCCUGUAAUUCCUUUGAUCGUACGAAAUCCAUAUCUGAGUACCUGGCUUGCAAAUGCUCGGGAUACACCUUGGUCAAAAUGGCCCAUGUUCUACACUGGAGAGGAGGUGGGCCUUUCUUUGAUGGCUCAUCUUCCAAGUCAGAAUGCCGUUUACCCUCUUCUUGGCAAGCCCCAUGAGUCUUUGGAUAAUAAAGCAGGCUAUAAGAUCAAGUUCCCUAACUACCUUGGCCUGAACUAUGAUGCCUCAACGACCAAUCUGACCUACCAUAUCGACACUGGUUCUGCAAACCCUAUCGACGUUACAAUUUCAUUCCUUUCACCUAUUACGCCAACUUCAACUCUACGUCAAUCAAUUCCGGCCUCCUAUGUUACAAUCGAUGUCCAAGGUGAUGUCGACGUCAGUAUCUAUAUGGAUGUUGACGGCCGUUGGGUCAGCGGAGAUACUGGCAGUAAGAUUACGUGGGAAUGGGGUAGCUUGUUAAAGACAGAGAAUGAGGAACCUGCCCUUAAUCGAUGGCAAGUGCAAAGGGAGACUGAGCUUGAACUCUCGGAAAUCCGCGACCGUGCGGAAUGGGGCACUCUUCAUUUCACUGGACCAUCUGACGCUGGAUUCCAGUCUGGAGAUGCGACUAAUGUACGCCGAGCCUUCGCUAGCUCUGGAGCUCUGCAAAACACUAACGAUGAGAAAUUCCGCCCUAUUCGGGAUCGAGCGCCGGUUUUUGCGUUCUCCAAGUCUUUCCACCUCGGCCAUUCAUCCAAGAGUUACGCCGACAGCGUAACAUUCACUCUUGCUUUCAUCCAAAUCCCCGUUGUUCAGUAUGCGUCAUCUCGUGGCCUCACCAUGAUGCGACCCUUAUGGGAAUCUUGGUACCCAACAACUGAGGAACUUUUGGAUUUCCAUUACAGGGACUAUGCGGCAGCUAGUUCCCUAGCUUCCAAUUACUCGCAGCAAUUGGCAAAGGAUGCGUACUUGUCGGGAGCCGAGGACUAUGUUGAGAUUGUUGCCCUAACUGCGCGGCAGGUCAUGGGUGCAACUACCUUUUCAGGAACCCCGGAAGACCCAAUCCUGUUUCUAAAGGAGAUCUCCUCGAAUGGAAACUUCCAAACUAUCGAUGUCAUCUUCCCUGCGUUCCCAUUCUUCAUGUACACGAACCCCCGGUGGCUGGCGUACCUUUUGGAGCCGCUAAUCGAGCACAUGCUGAGCGGGCAAUACCCUAAUAAAUAUGCGAUGCAUGAUUUGGGUACACACUUCCCCAAUGCCACCGGACACCCUGAUGGUAGGGAUGAAUACAUGCCGGUCGAAGAGUGUGGUAACAUCCUCAUUAUGGGCUUGGCUAUCGUGAACUCGCUUCGCUAUGAAGACUCUGCUGCCGCCUCGUCUAUCUGGUCAACACAGGGGUUGCCCUCAUCAAACCCCGAAAACGAGAAUUCUGGACUAUUCCCUCUUGAUAACCUGCAGGCGUUAUCUGGAAUUGCCCAUCAAGAUGGCAAAUGGGGUGGUGGUAGCAAGGGCCAGCACCAAGCUAAGAAAUGGGUGAAGCGGAGCUAUAGUCUUUGGAAACAGUGGACCGGAUAUCUAGUUGAAUUCUCUCUUGAGCCUGCUAACCAACUCUCCACCGAUGACUUUGCAGGCUGGCUGGCUCUCCAGACCAAUCUGGCUCUCAAGGGAAUUGUGGGCAUCAACGCCAUGAGUAAGAUCGCCGAGGUGGCCGGCCACGAUGCCGAUGCUGCUUAUUACAAGAAAAUCGCCAGCGACUACAUCGCCAAAUGGGAGCAGUUUGGCAUGUCCCGGGAUGGCUCCCAUGCUAAGCUUGCUUACGACUGGUAUGGCUCUUGGACAACGCUCUACAACCUCUAUGCCGACGCCCAGCUCUGCUUCCAUCUAGAGGAUACCGACACUGAUUCGCCUGGCUUCGUCCCACGUCACAUCUACCAGAAGCAGUCGGUUUGGUACCACUAUGUGCGUCAGAAGUACGGCCUUCCCCUUGACAGCCGUCACCUGUACACAAAGACCGACUGGGAGUUCUUCUCAAUGGCUGUCUCAUCCAAAGCUGUGCGUACAGAGGUCCUCGAAUCUGUCGCCCGCUGGGUCAAUGAGACCUCCACUGAUCGUCCAUUCACGGACUUGCACAACACAGAGGGUGACGGGGGCUUCCCUGGUCCGAACUUCUUCGCUCGGCCUGUCAUUGGUGGGCAUUUUGCUUUCCUGGCAUUGGAGCGUGCCUGUGGUGGAAAGGCCAUGGCUGGCCUGUCUUUCCUCGAGGAUAUCGAUAAAGAGACCAUGGCGGUUUGGAGCCAGAGUGCCGAGUCUGCCGCGAAAGAAUUCGCCAUGUCGGGGCUUAAUCGCCAUGGCGAGGAGCUGUAG